AUGUGACGAAAAUAUCCCGCAAUGGUCGGUGGGUUCGGUCGCGAAUCAUCAUUGGGGAGUGAUAGCUCUGGAACAUCGUGUUGGGAAAGCAGAAAGAUAACGGAAUUAGUUCGAGUAUUCCUGCGAUAAGUGUUAAAACAAUGUCAGCCUUUCUCACCAACGUUUGCCCGUGUCAUAUCCUCUCGACACAGCCAGCCGAACCAACCUUUUGGGAUUCAUUUUGACAAGGUACUUACUGUAUUACGUGCGGUGUACGGUUAAUGAUAGCCUUUUCUCGACAGGUGCAAGUUAGAAAGGGAAGAAAACGCAUUUCUGGACAGGUGCAGGUUAGAAAGUAGGCUGAAUGAUGACAUCUGUGACAACUGCGUCCCGUUCUUGGCUGUUGCUGAUCGCUGCAACGCACUGCUUGGCGACUCCGCGUCCGAACAUCGUGGUCCUUUUAGCAGACGACUUGGGGAUCGGCGAUGUCGGCGUCUUCGGCAACGACACCAUCUCCACGCCGAACAUUGACAAGUUGGCGAAAAGUGGUGCGAUGUUGACCCAACACAUCACUGCAGCGGCGGUGUGCACGCCAAGCAGGGCUGCUCUGCUCACUGGAAGGUACCCCGUGCGGUCAGGAAUGGAAUCUCAUUUCAAAAACAAGGUGUUCAUCAUACUUGCAUCUAGCGGCGGCUUACCUCCAAAUGAAACAACAUUUGCCAAAAUUCUUCAGGAACAAGGAUAUGCGACGGGUUUCUUUGGGAAGUGGCACCUCGGCCUGUACUGUUCUUCCAUGGGCGACCCGUGCCACCACCCGCUCAACCAUGGCUUCGACCACUUCUACGGACUCCCGCUCACAAACCUCAAGGACUUUGGAGACAGCGGCGACAGCGUGGUUACCACAUACUACCCCCACUGCCUCCACGCCUGCUACACCCUCAUGGCGAUCAGCGCAUCCCUCUCCUACCUCCUCCUCCGCCGUGGAAGAGUCGUCCUCGCCUCCUUUGUCUUCACCCUCUUCUUUGUGAAUCCUGGCCUGGUGGUGCUCUUCGUCAAGAGCAUCCCCACCCUCGAUGGCGUCCUGAUGAGGAACUUGGAUGUCGUCGAACAGCCCUUGCGGCUGCCGGGACUCACGCAGCGGAUCGUGCAAGAGGCGGAGGGCUUUGUGCGCUCUGCGGUGGCGGACCGCAAGCCGUUCCUGCUCUUCGUCUCGUUUGUGCACGUGCACACCGCAUUAUUCACUCACCCUGCAUUUGUGGGGUCGAGCAACCACGGCCGUUACGGGGACAACGUGGAGGAACUGGACUGGGGUGUCGGACAUAUCCUCGAGGUGCUCGAGGAGACGGGGCAGACGGAGAGCUCGUUCGUCUACUUCACGUCGGACAACGGCGGUCAUGUCCAGGAGGUCGGGUUGGACGGACAGCGAGAGGGAGGGUACAACGGGGUUUACAGAGGUGGAAAAACGAUGGGUGGUUGGGAAGGCGGGAUUCGAGUGCCCACCGUCGUCUCUUGGCCGGGACGCAUCCCAGCGGGACUCAGGGUGGAUGCGGCGACGAGUCAGAUGGACAUGCUGCCCACCGUGCUGCACCUCGCCGGACUGGAGCCGCCCAAGGACCGGACCAUCGAUGGAACCAGCCUGCUGCCACUGCUCCGCAACGACACCCAAUCCAGCCCCCAUGAGUUCCUCUUCCAUUACUGUGGCACCAACGUCCACGCCGUGCGUUACAUUCCCCGUGACGGUUCCGGAGUCUGGAAGGUCCACUUCCACAGCUCGGACGAGAGCCAGUGCCCGUACGUGUGCCACUGCUACGGAAGCUACGUGCUCCACCACGAUCCCCCACUCGUGUUCCACCUGGACACGGAUCCUUCCGAGAGAAAUCCGCUGUCUGCGAGUUCCGAUCCGCGGGUCCACAAGGUGCUGGCGGCCGUCAAGGACGCCCUCAGGGGUCACGAAGCGUCUCUCGAUUCGCUGCCGCAGCAGUUCAACUUCAUCAACACCUUCUGGCUUCCCUGGUUACAGCCGUGCUGCAACUUUCCACGCUGUUCGUGCAGAGAAGAGGACAGCACUCUGUUGUGAUCGUUCCCGCAGUUUCCGAUGCUUCAUCUGCAUCCCUGGACUGACCUGCUAUUUGGGACGAUUGACCUCGCGGGGGGGGCUCGACGCCGGCCGACGUUGAUUGCAUCGUACCAUUCUUCUUUUCGUGAGAUGUUGGACUUCUUUGAUAUGACGGCAUUCACAUUUCCCGUCUGUUUCACGUGUUCAAGCAUGGGGGCAAGCGACCGGAAUUGCUUGUUUGUUGGUCCAAUUCAGAUAGUUGUGCAUAUGUAUAGAUACAUGAAGAACAUAUUUAGCAGUUGCAGUUUUAGGAAUGUGAAGAUUGUUUGGUGGCUUGUUUCUCAUACGUUCCGUUUCGUCACGGCUGGCGAAAUGCACAAGCGUCAACGUGAUGUCUGAAUGACACGAUGAACUGGUCUGCUACAAGGGACAUUACACAUGUAAAACACAUUUUUUAUGGACUUCAGGAUGAUGCAGUAUCAUCUCAUUUUGUUUGUUGCACCUCUGUGGAAAGUUAUCUAUAAAAUUGUUUAGUUAUGAA